GUCAUAUACGUCAUUUAUUCGCGCGUUUUUUACGAUAGUUUUCGGAGUUCCGCAAUGGUUUUGUGUAUCAAUUAACAAAUUCAAUAUUUUUUAUUAAAAAGCUAAAAAAAUAUUGACUAUCUAGACAAGCAGUGCUGAAUUAAACUCGGAAUGACUUCCCAUGAAGAUCUUGUCUACCUGUUUCAAGGGUACAGUAUUAAUCCAAGUGCAGACGUUCUUGAAAAAUGUGUGUCUCUAUGUCUCACGUACAAUAUCGAUGCCGAAGAGCUGGUGGAUCAAUGGGUGGCUUACACACAGUCAAAUUUAAAAAGCGCAGCCCCAACGGUGGAGCUGUUGGAAAGAAUGGAGAGGAAGGAAUAUCAGAAAGGCAAAGAUCAAACUAAGAUCGUAAGAGAACAAUCUCAAUACGUAGCGUCACCCGAUCAAUCGACAAACGUAUCAGAUUUUCCUGCGACGCCAAAGGCUAAUCGAGUACCCACAUCUCGGAUCCAAACCCCCAUACAAUCGCGCAGAUUGGUCGAUGACCCGGAGGCAGUAACCAGUCCAGGGGCUCCUAUCGGUAGCUACUCGAAAAGAACUAAUGCCAGAUCUGUCCAAUGUUCUUACGGGAGAAAAGAUGCUUCGUACAAAGGUUCUGAGGUACCUGUCGACGUCAAACCAUAUUCGGAAAAUUGUCUGAAAGCCGAUCAGAGGUUUAUGUACGAGAUCAUCGGUAAACGGGGUAAAUCGCUGAGCAACAUGGCGCAGGCCCUGUUUCCCUCUAUAAGGAAUAGAUAUCAGUUGCAUGCCUUGGAUGAGAAUAAAAAAAACGAAGAUGAACAACAAAAUCUGUACGAGGGUAGGAUAAUAUCAGACUACGACACCAAGAUCAACGUCCAGUCGGUCCAGCUGGAACAGACUCAUACACAUCAGGGCAGGACAUUCCAGCUCAACUUGUCCAAAGUAAAAAAAAUGUCCCUGUUUCCCGGACAAGUUGUCAUUGUCAAGGGCAAACCAUUUAGACAAUACAGUGAUAGCAAAACUGAAAUUGUGGUAGAAGAAAUUUAUGCGGGAACAGUUUUCAAGUUUUCUGACGAGUUUCCUGUUACUAAAGACCCUCUACAAAUCGUAGUGGCUUGUGGCCCGUUUACCAUCCAAGAUACCCUCCUCUUUGAGCCACUCAGUGACCUCCUCAUCUACGUGAAAGAGUACAAACCUCACGUUUUGAUCCUCACAGGACCAUUUUACGAAAGAAAUAACCAGGGCAUUCACAACGGCGAUCUCAGACAGCAGUUCGAUGCGUUUUUCAUGGAUUUGGUCGAUACGGUAAUGACCGCGCUAGCAGAAACAGGCGUCAAGGUAGUCAUAGCUUCCUCACAGAGGGAGCCACAUCAUUUUCCGGUGUAUCCGACGCCACCUUACGAAAUCAGGGGGAAGUACGAGAAUUUGCUCUUGGUACCGGAUCCUUGUUUGGUGGAGAUAAACGGAUUGGUCGUUGGAGUCAAUACUCCCGAUGUCUUGUUUCAUUUGAGCAGCUUUGAGAUAUAUUUGGACAAUAAACCAAAUGCGCCCAUUUCUGACAGAAUGGGUCGUCUAGCUUCCCAUCUUCUAGAACAGCGAAGUUUUUAUCCACUGGAUCCGCCCAACCCAGAGGUGUGCAUCGACAUGCCACUGAUGGAAAAACACGGAAUAAUGGACGUUAAACCCCAUAUCCUCAUACUCCCUUCCAAUCUAAAACAUUUCAUUAAGGAAAUCCAGGGAUGUUUGGUGGUCAAUCCAGAGAGACUAACCAAAGGGUACGGUGGUGGUACUUUUGCCAGAAUCGAAGUAGCACCAGGUGGAACCAUGACAGUGUGCGGCAGAACUUCCUGUCAGAUUUUGAGAAUUUAAGACUAUAGUGUUUUUUUGUUGUAAAAUAACGCCUAAGAAAUAAAGUGUUGUAUAUUUUUAAUUACUUAAUAAUAAAUAAGUUUUAUUGGCUU